CCCCAGCGCUCCGCAGGCCGUUGCUAUGGCUCGGGGCCCGAGGCAGCGCGGGGGCCAGGCAUGGAGGAAGAGGACACGAGAGAUUACAGUGAACCUUGUGUACAGUGUUCUGUUGUAAACUGGGGUCUUACUGAUGAAGGCAGAUUUUAUUGCAAGUCUUGUCACAAUGUCAUAGAGAGGACUAAAGAGGUUUUAACUUCUGAUGUUGUUCCUAACACAAAGAUUCAGUCCAUCUCCAGAGGAUUUAGAAAGAGAAAAAAAAUUGAUAAAGGCUGGGAAUGGUAUGUUUGUGAAGGUUUUCAGUACAUACUCAAGAAGCAAGCUGAAGCUCUGCAAACUUUAGGAGUGUGUCCACAGAUGAAGGAUGAAAUUCUAUGCAAUUUUUGGAGACUUUACCUUCAGAAGAGCAGCCAGGCAUAUUGCACCACACCAGCUAGUUAUACUAGCAAAGCAUUAUCCAUAUCUGACGUCAGUACAGAUGUGGAGAGUGAACCAGAGAGAAUAAGUAUUCAUGGCUUGUCACCUUUCUCUGAAAGUGAUGGAGAUUUACAGACAGAAAGCAGCUUUGGACAUGUUUCUUCCAUUGGCAAAGCCUCAGCAAGAGAAACCUCAUCUGUCUGCUCCGGAUCAGUAGAUGGUGAUUCGUAUUUACUUAAGAGGAAAAAAGGGAACUUGAGGAUGUCUAUGCCAAUGACACUUUCAUUCUGCUAUAUUGCACUACUCUGGCUGAGAGAACCAGUGACAUUAUCAGAUCUCUUAAGGUUUGUUACAGAAGGUCACAUUCCUUACUUGAAUGCUUUUCAGUGUUUUCCAGAAGAGAUGAAAUUGUAUGGAGCUGAUCUCAAGAUCUUUCGUGUAGAGUCUUGGCCUGUAUAUGAAGAUGUGCAUAACAAGAUGUCUGAACUUUCAGCGUUUUUAGAUUUGCCUUGUUUUCCAGCUAUAACUGAUAGUUGCUUUCUUCAUCCAAACAUCUUGUGCAUUAAAUAUCUGAUGGAAGCCAACUUACCUGAUGAAUUGCACAAUUGGACUUGCAGAGUGGUAAAAAAGAUCAAUGUUGGAGAAACAGACUUUCUGACACUUGAUCCUGUGAAUAAAUCAGCAAGGAAAGUAAAAUAUGAUGUUCUUGCUGCAGCCAUCAUUAUAGUGGUGCUCAAAUUACUAUUUUUACUAGAUGAUCAGUAUGAAUGGUUACAUGCAAACUUUGCUGGAAAAAGAAAUCAGAAGAACAAAGAAGGCUGCCUGUGGUUUGAUUUCAAAAAGUGGUACAAGGUUAUAAAGAAGUCUGUGGAUGUGGAACAGAAGAAAUUAGAUGAAGAAAGAGCCAGGUGUCUGUGGAAAUGUGAAAAACCACUAUUCUACUCAUCCAAGGAAAAAUCUGUAGUUCUUAAGAAAAGACAAAUGGUAGUGAACUUACAAAGACAGUUUGGCACACUGUCUGGUUCAAUGCAAGUUGCUGAAAAGCAAAGCCCUUCAAGUUUCCAGUUAAAUUGGGCUGAAGAAAACACAGAUAGUAAUUGUUUUCAUGGGCAUAUCCUAGAGGGAAUUUUGCAAGAAAAAGGCAAUUCACUUACAGCCAUGAACACCAAGUAUUGGCUGUGUUCAGUUAAACUAUGUAAUGAGAAGAUAUGUGGGCAACUGACACACUAUAAAGAAUCAGACUUUCCCCAGAGCUACCAGUUUGUGUUAAACCUGUUCUCCUUCCUCCUAAGGGUACCAGCCUCUCUCAUCCAUGAAGAGGUGUGUUUAAUAGAACACAAACUGUUUAAAACAAAACGCCACAGAAAGUAACACAAAACAAAACAUUCAUGUCCAAGAAAAUGGCAAGUCCUAAAGAUCACAGAGCUACCAGAUGGUAAAUGAAAACGUUAAGAACUAUGGCCCCAGUCCUGCAACUGGAUCCAUGCAUACAAACCCUUACACCUGCACAAAGCUCCACUGAUCUCAGCGUGAUGCUGUAUGGGUGGAUCUGCCAUUGCCGGUCUCACUGCCAAUUCAUGGUUUCUGUGUAUCUACGUUACAAAGAAAAAUGGGAAACUACAUAAGGGAAGAGUUACUGAAGCAACUGCUUACUAAAGUUUACAUCCACUUGUAUUAAAGGUAAUGGAAAGUUUAUUAUAAGUUUAUUAUAGUAGUUUUUUGUCAUACAUACUUGUGUGUGUCUUGAGUGCAAAAAUGCAGCAAAUAGUUCUCUAGAUUAUAUUAAUUGUUCAUUUUACUGAAGGGUUUGCAUUUCAAAGUAAUCUGUAUCUUGUUGGGGGUUUUUUAACUUGUACGAGAGCAAAUGUUACCUAUUUCUAAAAAGAACUAUUUGCUUACAUUUGAAAUAAAUAAACUGCUAAAGAACAACUGGGGAAAAGAGGUGUUUAACACAAGGUUUUAUUGUGGUGAUCUGACAUUUGGGUUGCAACUCACUAUUCUGAAACAUCAGACUGAUUGGAAGGAACCUUACAAUUUUCUCUCUUGGCCUCUUUACACUUCUUCUUUUCCUAUUCUCCUCCUCACCCUUUGUUAUGCCAAAGCUUCUUACCUAGCUAUUAUUUUAUAUCCUUCUCCCACUCCAGCCUCGUGGUUUCUUCUGUGCUUCCCCUUUAACACUUGGAACUCCUGCCUCCCUUUCCUGGGUUCCACGUGCUGGGUUUCUCUCCAUCUUUCUUCUGCAAGGCUUACUGACAGUGAUCAUAAUUAAAUUAUUCCACUUGUCACCUGAUCACGUGUUGAGCCUCAGCCAUCUAAUAGGUGUCCAAGUCCUAGCUUUAUUCUUCAUGCACUGAGUAGGUUUCUCAACUACACCAGCCAGAACAGACAAGGUGGAGAGAAAGCUGGAUGCCAACACCCCAUCAUAGCUAGGGCCCAACCAAAUUCAUGGUCCAUUUUGGUCAAUUUCACAAUCGUAGGAUUUUAAAAACUGUAAAUGUCAUGGUGUUGUAAGGGUCCUGACACAAACAGGAGUUGUGGGAGUUUCGCAAGGUUAUUGUAGGGGAGGCAUUGCAGUACCGCUACCUUUACUUCUGCGCUGCUGCUGGCGGUGACG